UCUUGCAACCUUGCUAUAGAAGAAAUCGCAAUUAAUUUGAAAAUGCCCUGAAAACGACGAAACCCUACGCACUUGCCGACCAAAAAAAAUGGCGUAAACUUAUCCCUAUAAAUUCAUUCAUGCUCCGACCAACAGCCAAACAACAACUUUCUCUCUAUUGUCUUCUCAUUUCUCGGAAUUCCGGGUUUGUAUCGCCAGUUUUGCAGAGUACGACAAAAUAUUCGAGUCGCUUUUGUGGUUUGGUUCUGCUAAACCUUCUUGUUAUAUGAAUGCAAAGAGAAGAUGAGUGUGGUUACACAGUUCCUUUGAGUCAGUUUUUUUUCUUUUCGCUCUUUUCCCAAUCUCUCUGUUAUUUCCUCUCGCGCUUCCUUUUGUUUCCUUUUUAGUGUGUGGAAAGAGGAUGCUGAAUUUUGGAGACCCAGCAGAGCUCAGGACUAAGAAGAUCAUUUUCGAAGAUGUAUAUCCAGCACGUGAUUCUGCUACCCUUGAGCAUUUGAAAGAGUUAAGCUCUAAACGUAGAGUACUCGAGGAGUCCAUUAAUAAAAGCAGCUCUGUCACAGAGGCCAUUGCACGAGAAAUAUCUGGAGGAUUGACUACUCGUUGUCAGCAGGACCUGCAGAAAGUGGAAAAAUACUUACCUCUGCUGGAAAACUUGGUUUUUUAUGUUGAUUGUAUUGGCAGCAACUUCAAGAUGGUUCAGUAUACUUCAGAACUGAAGAUACGGUGGAGUAGUGCCUUGAAUUCAUCAUCUUUCUUCAACUUUGGCGGUCCAAAGUUUUAUCAAAUUAACAAUUUGCAAUUUGAGCUUUUUAUGACCCUUUUCCUUUAUGCUGCAAAACUUCGGCAGAGAUCUGUAGAAAUUCUGGCAACUGAUUUGGUGCAAUCUGCCACGCUUUAUAGAGAAGCUGCUGGAAUUUUUAAUCACCUGGCUCACGAGGUUAUUCCCUCUUUGCAGCCUGCAUUAUCAGCAGAAAGGCCACCGGAGGCAACCUCAUCCAUAUGCACUGUUAUGAGCCUUAUUUGCUUGGCAGAGGCACAGGCUGUAACUAUAAGAAGGGCUGAAGAAAAGGGAACUACAGUAGGUCUUUUGGCGAAGCUGCACCAUGGUGUCAGUCAGUUUCUUGGUGAGGCUGCUGGUGUUCUCUACUCACCAACCAGGGAAUGUAAGGAUAUUUCAUCACGCUUAGAGGUAUGCUUGUGAAUCUUAUAAGUUUUAGAAAAGUUUUUCCUUUUUCCAGUUUUUGGCUGCAAAUUUGGGUGCACUUUUUCAAACAAAGUAUAUAAUCAGUUGGUUCAUCAAUUGAAUUGCCGACUUUAGUUGCGUCCAACUGAUAGCUUUCUUAAUAAACUUUCUUCUCUCUAUACCGGAGUGGCCUAUGGGAAUGAUCAAUAUUGGUGAAGAUUACGUAUGUAGAGAAUUGACUGUUUAGAGCAGCCAGCUUGUUUUCUUUUUGGGUGUUGGGGGGGGGAGGGGGGCAGAGGCAGGGGUUUGGAGUAAGAUCAAUAUAUCACCCUUCAAUUUAAAAACUAACAUGGUUCUUAAUUUGUAUGAAUGCUGAAAUGUGGAUAUUGAAAUUGUGAGUAAAAUGCAAGAACAUAAGGAACAUGUGUAAAUGUUGGAAGUUUAAAUUAUCACCACAUGCAGACAUGGAAAAUUGUGAGAAGGUUGCCUUUUAAGUUCAGUCCAUGCUGCUCAAGUGAUGAUAUUUGAUGGACUUUAAGGCAGUAAGAAGACAAAUGAA